AUGAAGGCUUUUAUUGUUCUGUGUCUGGGAGUCGCUCUUGUGGCUGGAGCUGCCAUUGAGAAAGAAGCUGAGCCCAUUGCUAAUGAACAGGAGCAAGCUGCUGAGGCGACGGGGCAGGAGAAGAAGCAAGGGAAGCGUGGACUUUUCGAUUUAGGAUAUGGAUACGGAGGAUACGGAGAUUUUGGUCACUCUGCUGGUCUCUAUGGUGGAUACGGCGGCUAUGAUGGCUUCGGCUACGGUGGACUCGGUGGACUGGACCUCGGUGUGUCAAAGACCAUCGUGAAGCACCAUCAUCAUACCGUUCCUGUUGUUGUGGAGCGCAAAGUGCCCGUUGCCGUGCCAGUUGUCCAGAAGGUAAUCCAGAAAGUUCCUGUUCCCACAAUUGUGGAGAAGCACGUUCCCUACCUCGGCUACGGACACGGGCUCUCAGGCUACAGCUACGGUGUCUCCCACCAUGGCUACCACGGUGGACUCGGACAUGGGUAUGGCUUUGACUACCAUCACUACUGAUGAGGAAGUUCAAAAUGUGAUCCACAGUGUCAUCCGUCCUACAUUUUCUUUUGUAAAUUAAUUUAUAAAAUAAGUUUGCUAAUUCACACUCCUCAUGUCCACGCUUCAGACCAAAAACAGAAUAACUUUUGUACCCACUGAAAGACAAUGAUGGAAUAAAUGCCACCAAAUCUGAGAUUCAAAAA